GGAGAAAGAAAGAAGGUAAAACGGGUCAAUCAAUCUUUCGUUUGGAUGAUGAAAUCUAGUGAAACCCUCCGAUCCUGUCAAGCUUUGCCUCACGUCUCCAGGUAUGAUGGAAUCACAGGGUGUGAGUUUUGACCAGACCGAAGCCAAGUCCAUAUGGGCAAGAGAUGCGCCUACAGCUUUUCAAGAAGAAAAAAGAAAGACAUUGGGCUAAUCCAGUGAGAGAUAUCUUUGGACAUCACCCAGACUUUGCAUUAGAUGUCAUACCAAAGAACCAAGCAGUGAGAACAUCAUAUACAUGAAUCUCCUCCUCGACCUUGUGGAAACGCUGAGAAAGUCUCCACAGAGCUUGUCCGUGACUGAACUAAGGAAUGCUCAAAGCGAAUUGACUGAGCUGACAGAAGCAUGCUUUAAGCUCGACUGGUUGAAUUCAAAGAUUGAGAAGCUUUCCUUGGAGAGGAAGAAAGUACUCUCUGAUGGGCCUUGGGUCAAACAACUCGAGGAACACGUCAAGAUAAUGGAACUGAAUUUGUCAGAUCUCAAAGUUGAACUGGACAAGGAGAAGAUCAGAUCUAUCAUUUCUUCUCAAGCUAGUCCAGUGGGAGAUAUCUCACUACCUCACCCAGACUUUGCAGUAGAUGUCAUACCAAAGAACCAAGGGGUGAAAACAUCAUACAUGAAUCUCCUCCUCGGCCUCCUUGGGACGCUGGAAAAGUCUCCACAGAGCUUCUCUGUCACUGAACUGAACAAUGCUCAAAGCGAGUUGACUGAGCUGAAGGAAGCAGGCUUCAGUCUUGAGUGGUUGAAUGCAAGGCUUGAGGAAGUUUCCUUGGAGAGGAAGAAAACAAUGUCUGGUGGGUCUCGGGUCCAACAACUCGAGGGAAGGAUCAAAAAUAUGGAACUGACUUUGUCGGAUCUGAAAGUUGAACUGGAUACGGAGAGGAUCAAAUCUGCUGCUAAAGUUUCUUCGUUUGGUUUUGUAAAUUCUUUUAUAAAGAGGUUCUUUCUCUCGUGUUUCUCUUUCUCUAAAUACAAAAACUAA